GAGGGAGUAUAUUACCCCUCCGUCCCAUUUUAACCGCCCUGUUUUCUUUUUUAAAUUGUCCUGAAAUAAGUUUUACAUUUCUUUUAAAAGGAAAUUACGUGAAGCAUAACAUUUCACUUUAUUUUACUCAAAUCUCAAUACAACUUUUACAUUUUCAACUCCUUUAUUAAUAAUUGCGUCAAACAAAAAAAAUAAAUAUAAAAUUGGAUGUAAGAAGUAUAUAGUACUCCCUACGCCCCACUAAAAAUGUUCCAUCUUUCUAUAUUUCGAUCUUCACAUUAAGAUGAUUUCAUAUAAAAUUUGAUAAAGUUUGAAUCAAUCACAUAUUUUUAUAGGAAUUACCGAGUAUAUAUUAAUAUCUCCUCAUUUCAUUUUUCAAAGUUUGUGGGACCCAAUAUAUUGUACUAUCGGGAGUAGUGGCCGGAAUGGGUACAUGCCAGCGUGUGAGUGUCUGACUAUCCAACUCUAUCUUUUGAUGAGGUUAGACAGGAUUCACCCGUCCAGCAUCGUCGAUUGGGUAGGUGUCGGCCCAUCAUCCUCGCUGCAUUGCCCAUGCUUUCCUAAUAUGCAAAGGCUGUUUGGGGUUUAAUUGAAUGAGUAGCACCUGAUCGAUUAUUAAAGAUUUAAUUAAUUAAAACACAUCAAGUACCAUUACAUGGGCUCUUCACAGUCUUUGCAAGUUACCUCCGAGGAUGAGGAAGAAGGAGAGGGCCGAGGAGAUGAGGUAGCGCAUGAGAACGGCGGCCACAACACGGAGGAUGAGAGGCAAGAAUUAGCCGUCGGUGGCUCAAAGAAGGUUCUCCAACAAGAACCGGAGAUACUGCCCUGCCAUGCCUCCGCAUCUCCUCUCUCCCCACAGCCAUCCGCUUUUAGCACCCCCCGUCUGGGCCCCUCCAUCAAAGUGUGGGACCCUUUCAAUGUUCUAGCUCCUCCUCCCCCUCCCACUGAUUUCCACCGCUCUUCAGCCGCCGACGACAGAUUUCUCACCGAGCUUUUCCUGAUCAGCAAUGCCGAGUGCCACAUGAAUCUGAGGCCUGAUUUGAUCGCCGGUCGGUGCCCUGACGCCGCCCUCACCCCUAAUGGAAAGCGCCAAUCCAGAGCAUUGGCCGUUUUCCUCAAAUCUCAAGGCGUUCACUUCACUUCUGUAUAUUCGUCUCCUCUAGAUCGUGCGCGUGCAACUGCUGUUUCCGUAUGUCAGGUAACUCCUAUUUACUGCUUUAGUGCAUGUCUUCCAGCUGAAACAUUUGAAUACAAUGAAACUGUGUUUACAAGCAGCGACAUUUAUUAUACGUACGAUGCAUUGCUACACAUAACGUCUUCACAACGGUUUACCUGAAGCUUAGAAUUUAGUUUUAUACAGUAAAUAAGGCUUUGGUGCACGAAUUCUAAAAUAGGCCAAGGGGUUUCUGAUAGCUACAUUAGAUUGGGAUCAAUAUUUCUGGGAGGUGGAGGCCGGGCGUAAGGGUAUAUUUCAUGGGGUUGGUUUCACUAGCAGGCAGCGGCUGCAGUGAUGCAGGCCAUGUCAGAGUUUAUACUCAUGCAGCUAAUGACAGACAACUUGAUGGCAGAGAUGGGUUGGUGCCUGGUGGAGAAAUACAGGCGCAGGCAGCAGUAGUAAGACUAGUAACUUUGAUUUGAUGGUGUAACAUGUACAUUAUGUUUGGUAAAGGAAAGAAAUGGAAUGUAAAGAAAAGAGAGGAAAGAAGUUGAGUGAAAAUAGUUAUUCCAUGGUAAGUUCUAUAUUCCAUGGUGAUGCUUGGAUGGAAGGAAUAAGUGAAGGAAAUAAAUAGUUGAAAGAUAAUUUCCAUUGGAUGGAAAUGAAAGGAACAAAAACUGCUUAUAUCAAUUGUUUUUUUACUUUUAUUUAUUAAAAAGAGGGAAAACUAUCAAUUUGGUCCUUGUACUACCAUGAAAACGUCAAUUAAGUCUUUCAAUCAAGUCCAUUAGCAGGUUACACGCCUCAUUAGCAGUGACUUUGCUGACAUCGCGCACACGCAAAAGUCCAACCAACCAUUUUCCAAUGACGUGGUGCACAUGUGAAUUGCCACGUGUGCGGGUGACCUGUUGACAUGGCCGUGACCUGCUAAUUGACUCAAACAUUGUUUGUAAUUGCGCAAUGCAAUUGCGCCUCAUGGCGCGCCUCAACUAAUUCCUAGACUAUGGCAUAAAAGGCAUUGCAUAUGGCGUUGGGAGUGUGGCGUACGCAAUAUUGCACUGAGGCGUAUGCAAUAUUGCAUACGCAAUAAGACGCUCUGAGGCGUAUGCAAUAGGAGAAGGUCAGGGUGUAAGAGUAUUAUUUGGGCCUACCCGGUCUACUUUUAAAUGAUUAUAAUUGAUGUUAUGAUCCCUAUUUCAAACCACUAGUUAUUGAUGGGAUUUUUUCAGUCGAUCAAUCUAAUUAAUUUAAAUUCUCAUAACUUAGAUUUUUUUGUAAACGAUUCAGAAAGUUUUGGUAUUCUAUGGUACUUUGAAGUUUGAACAUAUUACUUUGCUAGGAAUAUGGCCUCUUAUGGUUUGUUUUAAUAUAACAUUUGAGGACGUUUGACAAAUAUGUUUAUUUUUUAUUAUGUUUAUGUGUGUGUGUGUAUAUUACGCCUCAGGCAUACGCCUCGCUGCGCAAUGAGGCUUACGCAAUAUGCAAUAUUUAAAAAAACGCCACAACUACGCAAUAUGCAAUUUUGAACCUUGGACUCAAAUGAAUGUUUUUUCAAAAUUCAGGGAUUUGUUGAUUUGUUUUAAAGAAUGAGGACUUAAUUGACGUUUUUGUGAUAGUAUGAGGACCAAAUUGACAGUUUUCCCUUAAAAAGAUUAUUCACCGGACAUGCAAGAGGGGAUACUUUCAGGAAAAUGUAGGAAUUAUUGUUCCCUUCUCACACUCUCCAUCCAUUUGAGGGAUGACAAAAAGGACCUCACACACCUCCUUUUAUUACUGAAGCUUUCCUCCCACAUUUUCCUUUGACCCAAGAAUUUCAAUUUGCUCCUGCAUCUUCCUUCCCUCCCAUUCUUUCCUCUAAAAGCCCAUUCAAACAAACUGCAAUGCUGGUGGAGAUGAUGUCGGGUUACAAGCAAUAUAGACUGGGCGGUGUAGUUUUUCCCAAAGAUGGAGGAUCAUAUUGAUGUGAGCAUUGCUUUUGCUCAAGAUCUUGUACCAAACUGAUUACCACUUCCAGGAUAUCUGAUUGCUUGUAGGACAAUGUGAAACGAAUGCCAUCUUGAAGCAGUGCUGCUGUCUUGAUAGAAUAUUUCCUGUGAAGUUGCUAGGAAACAAUAAAAAAUUUAAAAUAUACCAAAGCUUGUGUUAGAGACUCUACUAAACCGAGGAGAGAAAAUAAAUACUUUGGCAAAGUAUAUUCUAGAAGGAAGUAGAGUUAGUUAUUAGUUAAAGUUGUUGUUAGCUAAUAACAGUUUCCGGUUAGUAGGAGUUACAUACUUACUAUAAAUAGUAGUAAGCUGAAUAUUGUUGGGGGGCUUUGGCUCAUUUGGGGGCUUCGGCCAUUGUAGCUUUGUUAAUAAAAGUUUGCAGUUACGUUCUUGUUGAUUUCUGUGAAUUAGCUGUAGAAUUUGCAGAGUUCUAACAUUGGUAUCAGAGCACGUUACUUCCUGGAGACGGAGAAUUGGAAUCAUGGAGGAUUUCUACAUGACACCGCAAAUGGAAAAGAGUUUUGAUAAUAUAGAUCGAUGUAUGAAGGAGACGAACGCUAAGUUGAAAAGUAUCUUGCACGACUGUGAGCGUCUAAAUCGUAGAUUGCAGCGAUCGAGCAACACCAAACAUCAUCGUCGUUCUGAUAAACCGAGUCCAUCGCAGUCGUUCACCAAGUCGCAGAAGGAGUCGCGAACUGUUUCGCACUCGCGAGAGGAUUCGCGCGGAAAAUUUGGGAAGCUCGCAGAAAAGGUUGAGCGCGGAAAAGUGGAGAAAGAGAAACACUCAACCCUAGACAAGGAAAAGCGCUCACACCUGGAGAAGGAGAAGCGUGCGAAGAGCAAGGUAACGAGGACAUGGUUGGACGAAGUGCGCACCAAGAUGCGGCAAUGUCACCAGCGAGGACGAUCGAGGACUGUGCGUCGCUGCAGGAAUUCGAAAAGCAAAGGUUCAUUGCAGUUGCCAAAAUUUUCUGGUUCUCUGGCUUCGACUCUAAUCGAAAACCCCAGUUCGAACUCUCUAACUGAGUUCACAGAAUCGCAGCAGGAGUUGGUUAAUCAGCAGCAAUCAUCCACGGAAGAUUCAUACACCUAUAGCGAAGAGGAACACUAUGAGAAAUCUUUAGUUAACCUUGGACAUGAAGCAGGAGCAAUUACUCGUUUUCUCAAGUACGAGCCCAUCUAGAAUUUCCAGGAUCUCAUUCCGGGUGUCUUCACAGAUGCAGUAACAGAAGUUAAAAAAGUUUGGGGGUUGUCAACAGUGGGUAUUAAUGUAUUAUUGUGCUAGAUGGAGGUGUAGGUUGUGACAUACCGUCUCAUAUGGCAAUUGCAAAAUUACUUAUAGAAGAAUGAUGGAGAAGUCUGUUAUUGAUGCUGACAGUCAGGACCAAGAAAUUAAGGGUGAAGGUGAUGUGUCAUUCCAGGGUGCCUUAGCAAAACAGUUGGGGAAGAAUGAUCCACAGAUUAGUGCAAGUGAAGGUUCAAUCUUCACUCUCUCAUAUGUCAAACCUAGGAUAGCAGUUAAGGGGGGCAGUUUGAUACUUUAUGCAAAUUGGGACUCCUCUAAUUAUGGACUGAAAUGGGCUGAUGAGUUUACUCUUGAAUACCAAUUUUAUAAAAUCAGUGUGGUCCUGGAUCCUACUAUUCAGGCUACUGUUAAUGGAGUGGAAGUUGAAGCAAAUUUCCAACCUUACAAAAUGGUCUUAGGUUCCAAUGAUUCAGAAGUGAAAUGUUCCACUAGUGUUCGUUUAAUGGAAACCAAGAUAGGUGAAGAUGUUGGAAAUAUAGAAGUGGAACCAGAUUUGCUGGGAAGAGUAGUUAUGGCUUCUUUCUCCUCACUUGGGUUAAUAAAGUUGGAUGCAAACCCAGUCAGGGAAACAAAGAGGUUUCAGAAGUUCUUCUCUAAUGGGCCGAUUGGAAAACUGUUUACACACGCAUCAAGAAUCCAUUAUGUUUAUAUUGUGGAAGAUCUAAUGAAAAUAGACUCCAUCACUAAUUCUUUGAGUGCUGCUAAUGGUAAAGAAUCUGGCCAAAUUCACUAUUACAGUUAAUCAAGGGACCCAACAUUGAAGUUUUUCUUUUCCCAAGUGGUGCUGGGUAUCAAUGUGCAGCUCUCUUUUUGCUUGUCAAUGCCAAACUGGUUGUGGGAUUUGUAAGCUGCGAGGCAUCUUUGGAUGUUCAUCAAAAUACUGUGAACCCGGAAGAUGGAACCUCAUAUGAAUUUAGGGAAGAAUUUGCUCUGUGUUUAACCAGGCAUGGACACAAUAUUUUCAUGAAUAUCAGUACUGGCAGUGUGAUCAAUUCGCAGCCAAUACAUCCAGAGAAGGAUAUUGAAGGGAAAGGUCAAACAGCACCAUCUGGUUAUGAGGAACAAAACAAUUACAGAGAUCCAAAUCAUCAGUGCGUUCUUCAGGCAAUGAAGUUCAUGCUCUUGCAACUAGUUAUGUAUUGGGAAGGAAGAGGCGCAAGGAUGAAGAGGAAACACAAGAUCUCGACUGUCUCCUACCACCCACCUUGAGCGCAAGGUGGAUGUUUAGGGAGGGAGUAUUGUUAGAGACUCUACUAAACCGAGGAGAGAAAAUAAAUACUUUGGCAAAGUAUAUUCUAGAAGGAAGUAGAGUUAGUUAUUAGUUAAAGUUGUUGUUAGCUAAUAAUUGUUUCCGGUUAGUAGGAGUUACAUACUUACUAUAAAUAGUAGUAAGCUGAAUAUUGUGGAUAGGCUGUAUUGACUGUUUAGUCUUUUCUGGGAUGAUUGAGAUCAUUCUCUCUUUUGGGGGGUUUCGGCUCAUUUGGGGGUUUCGGCCAUUGUAGCUUUGUUAAUAAAAGUUUGCAGUUACGUUCUUGACUUCUUGUUGAUUUCUGUGAAUUAGCUUUAGAAUUUGCAGAGUUCUAACAACUUGUAGACCUUCAUAGCAUCGUUCACAAUCAAUUCAACGGCCAAAACAUAUGACAUAUUUAGAGAUGUAGACACCCAAUGAUUAACAACUCAUUAUUUUUCUUUUCAGAUUUUUUUGUUUUAGAUUUUCUUGGGAGCGUUUAGGAAAGAAAAUAUAUUUUACAAGUUCCAUAGGUUGCCUUUUAAUAUAUUGACUAUUAAAUAUGUAUAUUCUAACACUCCCCCUCAAACUGGAACAUAAUUAUUAAUCAUGCCCAGCUUGGUACAGAUGGAAUUGAUACGUUGUUAGGCAUCAGUCUAAUCAGUAGUUUUAAAUAAAGGGGUUAGGGGAGUUAAAUAGCUUUUAAAGUGCCUAUAGCUUAUUUAGUUGUCUAUUUAGUCUCUGCGUGGACUUUUGCUAUAAAUAGAAGCUGGGGUAGCCAUAAUAGGGGACGGUUAUUUGGAGAAUUGUUGCCUAAGUCCCUGUUGCCUAAGAAGUCCCUGUCCCUGUCCCGGAGUUUCCUACGGAUUGCCCUAUCAAUAAACUGCAGUUUCUCUACUUUCAGAUUAGAUCUGUGUUGCUUGUUACUGUUUGUGCUCAGAUUAUUACCAGGUUCCUAUCAAUGGUAUCAGAGCACUCCUUCCUGGCAUCCUAAUCGAUCGAUCAACAGCAUCAACUAUCUGGAGGGAUGGAAGAAGAUUGGACACCAGAAAUGGAGGCUCGCUUGGAUAAGUUCGAACUGGAGAUGAAGACGGCUAUGGCAAACCUCGCAGCUUCCAUGACCGCACAGAUGCAGAAGUGCAUCGCGGAUUCUAUGGCAGCGAUUUCAGCAUCUACAGCCGCGAAGAAGGAACAAAGGGGAAGAUCACGAUCAUCGCAUCGUCCGGCUUCUAACAGUUCGCAGGUGCGAACGAAGUCUUCCAGUGCAUCGCGAAAUGCGCAGGGUCAGUUGCGAACUUCCUCCCUCAGUUCGCAGUCGCAGAGAUCGACGCUCACCUAUCAUUCCAGUUUACAAUCGCGAACUUCAUCUUCCCGUUCGCAAACUUCAUCUCUAGCUUCACACAGUUCGCCGUCACCAACAACGUCAUCUCCCAGCUCAUUGCAAACUGAUUCUACUCGCAGAUCUUCAUCUCCCUUGCAAUCAGCUUCACAACGGGCCAACUCACAACAUCAACGAACAAAGGAAUCUGAGCGUCUAGCUGCGUCGGAAGGUAAAUACGAUCACUCUCACUCUAGUAUGGGUCAGGAUAGCAGUAGAAGAGAUAUUGGCUCGGGAAGUAAGAUUGAAUUGCCCUGGUUUAAUGGAGAUAAUGUAGACAAAUGGAUAGUUAAGAUGGAAGAAUACUUCCUACUCAAAUCUAUUGAGGAUGAGGAAAGACCAGAGGAGAAAUCUUCUGGGGUGACUCAGUCCUGGACAGUCAUGGAAUAUAAAUCUUCUGAUCACAAGAUUGCUGGCCCAAAUAGUUCUGAAUUGGAGAACCAAGUGGUUCCUGAAAUCUAUAAAGGUGCUGAGCUGAUAAAUGCAGUCCCUGAAGGAAUUGCUAUACCUUGGCAGUCCAACUUAAUAUCUACUACAGCAUCUAAGAAGGCCAGGAAAGAAGAGAUGGGUAUGAACAAGGAGGAAACUGAGGAAAUAGAAGAGGGUAAUGAUGGAAAGCAGCUUCAGGGAAUGAUCCGCUCAGAUACUGAUGCUACUAAGUAUUGUGGAUUAUAUCCGAUCUCUGAAUCAAACUCCAGUUAUCAGGUGGCACCAAAGAGGAGGUUAGUCGGGCAUCUUACUAUUUUGAAGAAAUCCUGUGGCUCAGGACUAACAAGGGAACCUGCACACAUGUUACAAGCUGAAGAAGGAGCUCAUGGACAAGAACAAAAGAAUGCGGUCAACUUCUAUGUCCCUUGUGCAAAGGAUGCCUCAGGUGAAGUCCAUUGGCAGAAUUUACAUAAGAGUUUGCAUCGGGUUUCAUCGGCAGUAAAUGGAAGGUAUGAGGCAUUCCAGAAAAUAGAGGAUGCUCCGAGGGCUACCAAAGCUGACAAUUCUUUUCUGGAGAAACUAGGUAUAAUUGAAGGUUCUCUCUCUGAAGAUGAUGGAGAUGGAUAUGAGUAUAUCGAUGGUGGACACCUGUGGAAAACCUACGCUGCUAAACUUUCUUCUUCAGUUUCUACCUUGAUAGUGGCCAAUACUGAAGGAUUGUGGAAAAGGUCAAACCGCGGCUUACUUGUAAAACUAUUGGUUGGUAAAGGUGAUAUGCUUGAGUCAUUUGUUAAUAAUGGAGAGCCUUUGCAAACAGCAAUGCCAGCGAGAAUGAGGUCUCAAGGUUGGUAAUAGCAAGUGAAGUUAUGGAAGGGCUGCAUAAGUUUGAUGGCUACAGAUUUGAGGAUGAAAUUUCUGUGAAGUAUGUCCAAAGAGGUGUGGGGGUAAGAAUUACUGGAAUUUGGAAUGAGAAGGUUGGUUAUAUUACUGAUGGACUCGUUGACAUCUUCCUGGUGAUUGAUAAUGAAUUCAAUUCAGCUAUUCCCCAGGCGGCUUUGAUCAUGGGUGAGAAUGUAAGGAGAAUGCUGAUAGAUUGUAUACUAGUUCAAAGGGCUUUUAGCACCCCCCGUCUGGGCCCCUCCAUCAAAGUGUGGGACCCUUUCAAUGUUCUAGCUCCUCCUCCCCCUCCCACUGAUUUCCACCGCUCUUCAGCCGCCGACGACAGAUUUCUCACCGAGCUUUUCCUGAUCAGCAAUGCCGAGUGCCACAUGAAUCUGAGGCCUGAUUUGAUCGCCGGUCGGUGCCCUGACGCCGCCCUCACUCCUAAUGGAAAGCGCCAAUCCAGAGCAUUGGCCGUUUUCCUCAAAUCUCAAGGCGUUCACUUCACUUCUGUAUAUUCGUCUCCUCUAGAUCGUGCGCGUGCAACUGCUGUUUCCGUAUGUCAGAUUAUUACCAGGUUCCUAUCAAUGGUAUCAGAGCACUCCUUCCUGGCAUCCUAAUCGAUCGAUCAACAGCAUCAACUAUCUGGAGGGAUGGAAGAAGAUUGGACACCAGAAAUGGAGGCUCGCUUGGAUAAGUUCGAACUGGAGAUGAAGACGGCUAUGGCAAACCUCGCAGCUUCCAUGACCGCACAGAUGCAGAAGUGCAUCGCGGAUUCUAUGGCAGCGAUUUCAGCAUCUACAGCCGCGAAGAAGGAACAAAGGGGAAGAUCACGAUCAUCGCAUCGUCCGGCUUCUAACAGUUCGCAGGUGCGAACGAAGUCUUCCAGUGCAUCGCGAAAUGCGCAGGGUCAGUUGCGAACUUCCUCCCUCAGUUCGCAGUCGCAGAGAUCGACGCUCACCUAUCAUUCCAGUUUACAAUCGCGAACUUCAUCUUCCCGUUCGCAAACUUCAUCUCUAGCUUCACACAGUUCGCCGUCACCAACAACGUCAUCUCCCAGCUCAUUGCAAACUGAUUCUACUCGCAGAUCUUCAUCUCCCUUGCAAUCAGCUUCACAACGGGCCAACUCACAACAUCAACGAACAAAGGAAUCUGAGCGUCUAGCUGCGUCGGAAGGUAAAUACGAUCACUCUCACUCUAGUAUGGGUCAGGAUAGCAGUAGAAGAGAUAUUGGCUCGGGAAGUAAGAUUGAAUUGCCCUGGUUUAAUGGAGAUAAUGUAGACAAAUGGAUAGUUAAGAUGGAAGAAUACUUCCUACUCAAAUCUAUUGAGGAUGAGGAAAGACCAGAGGAGAAAUCUUCUGGGGUGACUCAGUCCUGGACAGUCAUGGAAUAUAAAUCUUCUGAUCACAAGAUUGCUGGCCCAAAUAGUUCUGAAUUGGAGAACCAAGUGGUUCCUGAAAUCUAUAAAGGUGCUGAGCUGAUAAAUGCAGUCCCUGAAGGAAUUGCUAUACCUUGGCAGUCCAACUUAAUAUCUACUACAGCAUCUAAGAAGGCCAGGAAAGAAGAGAUGGGUAUGAACAAGGAGGAAACUGAGGAAAUAGAAGAGGGUAAUGAUGGAAAGCAGCUUCAGGGAAUGAUCCGCUCAGAUACUGAUGCUACUAAGUAUUGUGGAUUAUAUCCGAUCUCUGAAUCAAACUCCAGUUAUCAGGUGGCACCAAAGAGGAGGUUAGUCGGGCAUCUUACUAUUUUGAAGAAAUCCUGUGGCUCAGGACUAACAAGGGAACCUGCACACAUGUUACAAGCUGAAGAAGGAGCUCAUGGACAAGAACAAAAGAAUGCGGUCAACUUCUAUGUCCCUUGUGCAAAGGAUGCCUCAGGUGAAGUCCAUUGGCAGAAUUUACAUAAGAGUUUGCAUCGGGUUUCAUCGGCAGUAAAUGGAAGGUAUGAGGCAUUCCAGAAAAUAGAGGAUGCUCCGAGGGCUACCAAAGCUGACAAUUCUUUUCUGGAGAAACUAGGUAUAAUUGAAGGUUCUCUCUCUGAAGAUGAUGGAGAUGGAUAUGAGUAUAUCGAUGGUGGACACCUGUGGAAAACCUACGCUGCUAAACUUUCUUCUUCAGUUUCUACCUUGAUAGUGGCCAAUACUGAAGGAUUGUGGAAAAGGUCAAACCGCGGCUUACUUGUAAAACUAUUGGUUGGUAAAGGUGAUAUGCUUGAGUCAUUUGUUAAUAAUGGAGAGCCUUUGCAAACAGCAAUGCCAGCGAGAAUGAGGUCUCAAGGUUGGUAAUAGCAAGUGAAGUUAUGGAAGGGCUGCAUAAGUUUGAUGGCUACAGAUUUGAGGAUGAAAUUUCUGUGAAGUAUGUCCAAAGAGGUGUGGGGGUAAGAAUUACUGGAAUUUGGAAUGAGAAGGUUGGUUAUAUUACUGAUGGACUCGUUGACAUCUUCCUGGUGAUUGAUAAUGAAUUCAAUUCAGCUAUUCCCCAGGCGGCUUUGAUCAUGGGUGAGAAUGCAAGGAGAAUGCUGAUAGAUUGUAUACUAGUUCAAAGGGCUUUUAGCACCCCCCGUCUGGGCCCCUCCAUCAAAGUGUGGGACCCUUUCAAUGUUCUAGCUCCUCCUCCCCCUCCCACUGAUUUCCACCGCUCUUCAGCCGCCGACGACAGAUUUCUCACCGAGCUUUUCCUGAUCAGCAAUGCCGAGUGCCACAUGAAUCUGAGGCCUGAUUUGAUCGCCGGUCGGUGCCCUGACGCCGCCCUCACUCCUAAUGGAAAGCGCCAAUCCAGAGCAUUGGCCGUUUUCCUCAAAUCUCAAGGCGUUCACUUCACUUCUGUAUAUUCGUCUCCUCUAGAUCGUGCGCGUGCAACUGCUGUUUCCGUAUGUCAGGAUACAAGGUUACCUCCAACAAACACACAAUAACCAAUGGUGGAAUGCUGGUCAUUAGGAUUUCCAUCGUAGUCUGCAUCAGUAAACCUUUCAAUAACAUGAAGCCCACAUCGUGGAGCCCUCUUCAAGUAUCUUAGGAUAUAAGUAACUGCAUCUCAGUGUUAUGUUCGUGGAGUGGACAAAAAAUUACUUACCAGUUACCACACUGACUGGGAAAACAAUAUCAGGUCGGGUGAUAGUCAAAUAAUUCAGUUUCCCAACAAUCCUUCGGUAUGCCUCAAGAUUUUCGAGCAAGUCACCUUCAUCACCUUCAUCAGCUGUAAACUUUACAUUUGGAUCAUUAGAGCACCACACGGUUUUGCCUCAACCAACCCUGCAUCAUUUAACACAUCUAGACAAUAUUUCCUUUGAGACAAGUUGCUGAGCUGUAGGCCUAUCAAAAGGGCCCAAGAUCUUUGGUCUCGAAGCAAGUAGCAAGGAAAGCUUUCGAUUUCAAAAUAUGACUCAUAUCACGGCCUGUGUAUCAUCAACAUACACAACCAAUAGAAUGCAUCCAGAACUAGAGGUAGAGAAGAAAACUGAGUUCUCGAGGAGGGGAUGAAGAUAAACUAGUCUGAAAGAAAAGUGUUUCUUCAAAAAAGGUGACAUCCGCGGAGAUAAGAUACGAUUACCGUCCCAAUGAAGGAGAAUAAUGCCGAUAUCCUUUUUGAAUCAGGAACAACCUAAAAAAACACACUUGAUUCAUUUAGGAUCAAGUUUUGAAACCUGAGAAUGCAAAUCCUGGACAAAACAUGUGCAACCAAGCACACGCGAGAACAACGACUUGAGGGAACUAAAUCGGAAUACGAGAUCUGACCAUUAAGAACAAAAGAAAACAUACGUAUGAUAAGGUAGCAGGCAAUGUAUACAACGUCUACCCAAAAUGGUUUAGGAACCCUGCGUGAAAUAUUAAGGCUCGAGCUACUUCUAGUAGGUGAUGAUUCUUUGGUUCAGCUACACCAUUUUGUUGGGGUGUAUAGGGACAAGAAGUGUGGUUGUAAAAUCCUAUGGCGAGAUAGGUAAGUCUGAAAAGUGCUAGAUAAAUAGUCCUUAGCAUUAACACUUCUGAGAAUGCGUAUAUUCUUAUUAAACUGAGUUUGAAUUUGAGCCUGAAAGGUACAAAAUGCAGUAAACACAUCUGAAUGGGAUUUCAAAGGAUAUAACCAAGUAACUCAAGAAAAAUCAUCCACAAAUGUGAUAAAAUAAGGAUAACCAAGUUUGGAAACGACAGAACAAGGACCCACACAUCAAUGUGAACUAAAUCAAAACUAGUCUCAACAUUUUUAUUUAUUCGAGGAGGGAAAAUUGUUCUGUGAUGCUUAGCAAACUGACAUGCUUCACACUCCAAAACAGACUAAGACACAUUUUUUGUAGUGCAGAAUGAGAUGGAUGACCAAAUUGACAAUGAACUUUGAACAAAGACGAACUGGUGCAUGCAAAUGACCUAGGCAGCAAGGAUUCAAAAAUAUAUAAGCCAUUAACCAAUCUGCCUUUACCAAUAAUUUGCUUCGUCACAAGAUCCUGAAAAAGAAAAUGGGUGGGAAAGAAAAUAACACAACAAUUGAGGGCUUUGGUAAUCUGACCGGCUGAGAUAAAAUUAAACGGAAAUUGAGAUAAAUAUAAAACAUAAGAUAGAGAAAGGUUGGGAGAAAGAGUUGCUGUUUCAAGGCCAUUGACAGAUGUGGUCGAUCCAUUGGCUAAAGUAACAUGAGACUGGUUGGCAGGAAAUCAAACCUGUGACUGAGUUGCACGAUCCAGAUUACCAUGCCUGCGCCGUGCGAAUAACGUCCUGUGCCGCACAAACGAAAGCUGAAUCAAACCACAGGGAGAGCAGAAUCGAACUUCAGGAAAUACUUCCCGAAAAACGUGUGUCUCUUUGAUACCAUGCAAACUGAGUAAUAGAGAUUAAAGAUGCAAUAAAAUUACAGUUUCUUAUUCAUUGGGUGUAGCCGGUAUAAUUACAUACAAACCAGAGAAUACAAAAAGGAAACUAAAUCUGCCAGAUUUACAUAAAAUAUUUAGUUUAUCACAUAGUAUAUAUUAACAAAAUAUAUUAACUACCAUAAAUAUAUGUACAUAGAAUAUAUUGACUAUUAAAUAUGUAUAUUCUAACAUAACUAACGGGUGAAAAUACCAAACUUCUAAAACGCAAAGCAGUACCCAAAAUCUGAUAGGUACUCCAACAAUAAACAGUAAUGCAGAAGCAGCAAACCAGAAAAUAGAAGAAGAAUAAACAGAGUUAAGACUCUUCGAGAGGUCUCUCUCUUCCAGCCUAGAUCUAACCAAAUCACAGCCUUUUUUCUACUUCUCUUCCUCCUGUUUUUAUUCGUACCCAAGCCUCAGUCUGCCAACUCAGCUCUUUUGUUAUAUAUUCCCUCCAUUAUUUUUAUCUCUUUGACUACUCAACUAAAAUAUCUAUUAUCCCCAUUACUAGAAAUAACCAGGUACCUAUCAUCACUUCCCCCUUUGACAACCACCUUGACCUCAAGGUGGAAGUAGGGAAACUGCUCCUUCAAUUGGCUACCCGAUUCCCCUCUUUCUCAUUGAGGAGAGUUGCAUUCUCCUUGAUCCUAUGGCUGAUUCAGCGAUCUCUUGGGACAGUUUCUCGUCUUCUUCCUCUUCUUCUAAUAGUGUUUCAUUAAAACCAAUUGAUAGUGUUUCAUUUGACAUUCAUGAUCUCUGUUCCAUUUGUCUCCACACUUAAAGCAUAGUCCCUUCUUGCUCCUAUCUUGUAACUCUGCUUGAGUCAACCUUUGACCUUCCUUUACGGUUGAAUUUGGCCCAGUUGAAUUUUGCUCUGUACCAUCCCUUGUUUUAGCUUAAGCUCCAUUUUUUGUAGAUAUGUGGGGCUUAUUUUGGUUUGUUAUCCACUUGCCUCCGUCCAUCUAAUUUUGAGGCUUUGACAGUGUUCCAUGACUUCCAUGUGUUCCCUUCUCACUACUUGAAAUAUCCGGGUCCCUAUCAAAAUCCCCCCUUUUCCUUUGGUUCUUUUCUUUUUCGUAUUUUGGGACAUAGCCAGAAAAUAGAAAGAGAACAAACAACAAUAACAACAACAUUACCCCAGUGCUGCGAAGGCACUUACAGUAGGGUAAAGGGGGUCGGAUGUACAUAGUCUUACCCCUGUACUAGAGUAUAGAGAGGCUAUUUCCGGAUGACCCAUGAUGAAAAUCGUGUCGAAAAUUGCACGGACUGAUUGCUGCUUCAUAACAAAUAAACGCAGAAAGCUUAGUGAACCAUUUUGCUUUAUUUCAUCAUAUUCCCAAGGGAACGAAGAAAUAGGUAAUAAGACGUCAAGCUUGUUUUCCAGCAUCGCCACAUUAGAAUCUCGUAUUGAUCUAUAUCCUAGUCCUCCUUGUUUCAUUGUUUCGUUGCUUUAUUUAAGUCUUUAAGAGAGGAAGACCUUUGUGUGUUUAUAACAAGUCUCUAGAGCAUAUGCAAAUCCAGAAAUGAUGUGGUGUGGAGGAACUCAUGUAUGCUCAAGAUUGUUUAAGUCUUUAAGCAAGUUGUGAGUGCAGGAGCUUCUAUGUUAUGCGGUUGGCAAGAUGCUCAAGAGGAUGGUGCGAGAAGAAAGCGUAGCGAAGCUGGGGAGACUAAAUGGGUCUGACUAGCUGAUGGAGUGGUGAAAAUAAAUGUAGACGCUGCUUUAGAUGUGCACCAAAGCCACCAGGGAAAAUGUGCUUGGGGUUGGGCAGUGAGGGAUGCAAAUGGGCAGUCUAUUAGAAGCAGAAGUGUGAGGUGUACAACCGGAUGGUCUGCUAAUAUAACGGAGGCAAUAGGGGUUCAGGAAGUUAUAGGAUGGGCCAAGGAACAAGCUUGGCAACGAGUUGAGAUGGAGAUAGACUCGUUAGUGAUGGUGACAAGAACUUUCGAGGAGGAAGGUUUUUUGAAUAUGAUGAUAUCAUAGAGGAUAUUCAUCAUCUUCUUUACAAUGAUUCUUGUAUUUUAGUUAAACUUUGCAAAAGAUCCGCCAAUCGUUUUGCUCAUUCCAUUGCGAGAGCCGCAUUGCAUAAGUCGGAUGGUAGGGAGUGUUUUGUUAAUCCACCUGUGUAUUUUGAGCCAGUUCAAGUUGGCAAGUGAUUGUUUGGAUUAAUACAAUUUGGCGAUUUACAGUUAAAAACUACAACUACAACAUUACCCCAGUGUCGCAAAGGCUCCUACCUACGGUGGGGUAAGGGCCCCCGGAUCUACGCCUAUAUUUAAAAAAUGACCCAUACCAGCCGGGUCAACCCGAAACCAAGCGACUCAGACCAAAACCUGGUCCGGUUAGUUAAAAACCCGAAAAUGGCUAAAAACGGGAAAAACCCGGUUGACUUGGAAAAAACCAGUCCGGACCCAGACCCAAAAAAACCCGGGAAACCCGGAAAAACCCAAUUUUGAUUUUUUUAAAAAAGUUAACAUUGUUUUUUCAUUUUAAAGAAUUUAACCCUUACAAUUGCAAUUGCAAUACCCUAAAAAGAAAAAAUAUCUAAUAUAUUUAUAUAUUUAUUUAAGAAUGAGAAUCAUGUCAUUCAUACUAUAUUAUAAAUGUACAAUAUAAAUAACAAAUAUCAAUAUAUAUUUUAAUAGGAUCAAAUUUGCAUUUUGGAAUAUUAUGAGACUUUGAGAGUGUUUUAAAUGCUUGUUAAGUAUUAUCAUUAGUUGAUUAUUAUGAAUAACUACUUGUUUUAUAAUUAUAAUUUUAUAUAUAAUUAUAUGUUUAUUAUUUUUAUAUGGUCGUGUGAUUGCUGACCAGGUUUCUGGCAUUGACCGGGUUGACCCACCGUGUUCGGGUUGACCCGUGACCCGAUAAUGUGGCCGGGUCGCUUCUCGAUCCGAUUUUUUAAUUGUGCGCAACUUUACCCUUGUACUAAAGCACAAAGAGACUGUUUCCAGAACUCAGAUAACCCAUGAUGAAAAGCGCGUUGAAAAUUGUUUGGGCUGACCGUUGCUUCACAACAGAAAAGCGCAGUCAGUUUAGUGAGACAUUUUGCUUUAUUCCUUUAUAUUCCCAAGCCAAAGAUAUCGAGUCUUUGGCUCCAUUGGAAAUCAUGGAAACAAAAAAAUACUUCAAGUCACUUAUAUAUUGGUAAUCAUGUUGGUAAUUGAUCAUUAUCAUUUGACAGUGGGUAUCUGGGUUAUUAACGCUCUUAUCAUAAACUUAAUUAUGUGCACUAGAAGAGGCCUUUGUAAGGCUUUGUGCUUCAAGCCCCCCCCCCCCCCCCCCCCCCCCCCCAAAGCAGCUAAGCUGUGUCAGCCUAUCAGGCACAUAAAAGCACAUGAAGUGCACGAAGCACAAAGGUGCACACUUAAAGCGCCUAGGUAUGGUUAGGAUUUUGAGCUGAUUAUUCUUUCCACAAAGGCUUGACCCUAUUAUAUCUUUACUACCAAUGUUGCACUCAAAGUCACAACAGCUUGGUUUGUUAAUAUACACAACAAGCCUUUGCACAUAUUAAAGAGACAUAUUGAAGAGACCAUGCCUUUCUAAUUAUGCAGGAACUGAAAUUUUCAGAGGAAGAGAUACAAUCAUCAGAUGCACUUACAGAAAUGAGUCAUGGACACUGGGAAGGAUGCCACCGAUCUGAAAUAUUUACACCUGAAACAAUGAGCUUAAUGGAAAGGUUCCAACCUGAUUUUUCCCCACCAUCAGGAGAAUCAUUAAGGCAGGUAGAAUAUAGGAUGGUACAGUUCCUCAACGAGACUGCGGUGGCAUUGCCUGAAAAGUUCAGAUCUGAUUUCUCCCCGCCGGAUCAGAUCAAUGGCCAGGAUUCAUCCAAUAACGUCCCUCUUUCUCUCACAAGUUCUGUUCCCCAGUUGGAUUUGCUCCACAGGCACCGACAAGGACCUGUUAAAAAGAAAACUGUCAAAAGUAGGCUCCAGAUUGUUGUUGCUUCAACUGGGGAUCAGGCUGAUGAUGAGAUGUCCCCUCGUGUACAAGUCAACCCCAUUUCGAUUCGUGACAUAAAUACCAAAAGUGCCCUUUCUGUUUCAUCCUGUGUGGGCAUCUUCACCCAUGCGACCCCGAUCAAGUGUGCUCUUACUGGGAUUCUUGGGUGCAAUGCAGUAAUGUCAAGUAAGAUCUGUAUAGAAGAUUCUUCUGUAACCGUGUUACAACAUUCAUGGAAAAGGGGAUGGCAGAUAAAGAGACUGAAUGAUUUCUCACAUCUUAGAAUUCUAUAGUAAACAUUAUUUCAGUAUCACGGAAGAGAUUAUUUUACUGUACACUAGUCUUGCUACAUAAAUUAUGCCCAGAGAAAAACCACGUUGAAUUUACAUGCCGCAGAUUGGGGAAACCACAUUUUGGUUCUUGUAAGAAUGUGCUAUUUUUAAAUUUAGGUUCCAAUUCUACGGGAAAUGCUUUGGUGGUACAAGUUGAGACCGAAGUGCGAGCCUGACACAACUAGUCUCUGCCUUGUGUCCUUGAGGUCCAAGGUUCGAGUCCACCCUCUUCCAAACAGUGGCUUCGAUUAUGCACUUCUCAGACCCUCCAUUGUGUCCCAGGCUCCCAGCUUUGGCACUUGGCACACCGUUUUAUAUGAGUGGUCGGAUUUGGAAUCACUGUUUUGUUGAUUAUAUGCCUGUUUGUUACAUUGUCCAAUGUUGUUCCUCUGAUGUGUGGAUUGUGUGAUACAUAAUACAUCUCAUUGGAUUAUUUUUCAAUCUUUUAGUGUAGCUUAAUCCAAGUGCUCCACACGUAGUCCACUUAACUCAAUCCAAGUGCGGCAAGUGGCUUUAUGAAUUUUGAUUGAACCAGUUAAUUUAUUUAAUUCAAACUCUUUGUUUGGUUUGACUCAAUUGCUUAUGGCUUAAUUUAGUGGCC